UGCCCUAUCGUUAAGUUUUUGUUAACUAAAGAAGGAAAUUUCUCUUCCUCCAAUCCUCUUAGAAUCAAACAAGCUAUCAUACUCGAUCAUGGAAAUCAAAAACCAGGAAGAGAAGGAGAAGAAAGAUUCGGUUUCAUCCCAACCUCAGGGGAUUCCAACAAUUCAACUACCAAGCAAUUUACUGAGCAUCAAUGAUUAUGGAAAAUUUGUUUGGGCUUUAUGCUCUUUACCGAUAAAAGCAUCUUUCCUUGAUCAUAUCGGUCCGAUCUAGGAUGAUAUUCUCUACUGGGUUCAAUUCUCUUUGAUCCUAGAACCUGACAGUCAGAUGAAUAGAAUUGUUGCCGGAAACAAGGAAUCGGUUUCAUCCCGAUCGAUUGGGGAACCUGUCAAGGAGAUAAAUAGUGUUAUCCUGGGUAAGGAUGAUUUUCAGUUUCAACCCAAUCAGUUGUCAAGGAGAUGAGUAGCUUCAUCAGUUUUAUCCCAAUCUGAUGAUUCAAAACUAGGGAAUCCUUAAUGAAGGAUAGGACUUUAUCCCACAAAAACUGGUUUCCCAGAUGUAUGAAAUGACUGACUGUUUUGUGAUACUAAAUCUUAUUUUCCACAGUAUUAAAGUUUCAGAGACUGUUUUACCUCGGUUGAAGGUAUGGUGCUGCUGGUAAUCAACUGAUAUUGUUUACCUACUUAUUUGCCAGGGGACUCUGAUUCACAUUUCUUCUGUCUUCCCAGCUUGGUCCCUUGGCAGAGCCAUUGGAGUUGAGGCUCAGCAGAAAAAGACCAAUUCCUUUAUUUGACUCGUGUUGGGAUCAAUACCAUGAAUAUAGACAUCACUGAAAUGAGAUCUGCUGCAACCUCUGGCUGCAGAAUCUCCAACCUGGCCAUGUCACCUACCUUGUUUCAGUUCCCGCCAGAGAAGUUGCAAUGUCUAUCUUACCUUUUCUUUUAAUUUCCCUUUUUUCCUAGGGUUUUACAUUGUUGAUGAAAGAACAUUAAACAAAUAAGAAUUUAAAUUAUUAGAAAGUAUUCAUAACUUAACUAAUUCAUGUCUCUGCUCUGUUUUGGUUUCUUGUCAAGAAAAUGAAAAAUUAGAAGCUAGUUGGAUAUCUUAUCACAGGAAAAAUUUUGUAGAUUGAUUGUAUGAGGACAACAUCCUGUUGCAGUUAUUGCUGAGAGGGUGUGUCUUUGGCUGCUGUUUAUAGAGAGGAAUGGGAUCUCCAGCAGAGCAUUACUCAUGGAGAAUUGAAACAAAUGUUCCUCUUGCUCACCCUUUCAAUGUGAG